AUGUCUGAACCGGACAGAAUUGGGCCAGAUGUCGGGCCAAAAAAAACCAUGGCAGAUCGUGUUCGUGCUGUUAAGCAUGCAUUUCUGACGAGGGACGGACUACUUGGUAACUACGAUUAUGGCUUCCUCUUUCGUCCCAACCUACCAUUCAUGCGCCGCCCGCGCAAAGCCGCCCCGUUCUUCGGCCUCGAUGACCGCAUGCCGGUUGUCCUAGGACUAAUCCUCGGAUUCCAACAUGCACUUGCAAUGUUGGCAGGCGUUGUUUCUCCGCCAAUUAUUAUAGGAAACGCCGUAAAUCUAGGGCCGGAAAUGACACGGUAUUUGGUGUCGACUUCCUUGAUUGUUUGUGGAUUUUUGUCGGCGAUACAAAUCACCAGGUUUCACAUCAAGGGGACACCGUAUUAUAUUGGUACGGGUUUGAUAUCGGUAGUUGGAACAUCUUUUGCUAUAAUCCCGGUUGCACUGGGCGCGUUUGAACAGAUGUACCAGAACGGAAAGCCUUGUCCCGAUGCCUAUGGUGCCCUCCUCGGAACCGGUAUAGUUUGUGCAUUUCUCGAGAUAUUCAUAUCUUUCAUGCCUACUCGAUGGAUCCAACGCAUCUUUCCCCCCAUAGUCACUGGUCCCACUGUUUUACUCGUCGGUGUAAAGCUUAUUAGCAGUGGAUUCAAGAAUUGGCUGGGAGGAUCGGGGCCAUGUAUGAAUAUGCCAGAGACUGGAUUAUAUUCAUUGUGCCCUAGUAUAAAUGCGCCACAUCCGCUGCCGUGGGGCGCGACAGAGUUCAUUGGGUUGGGGUUUUCGGUAUUCAUCACAAUUAUAUUGUGUGAGAGGUUUGGAAGUCCAAUUAUGAAGUCCACUAGCAUUGUGAUUGGUCUCCUUACUGGAUGCAUCAUCGCUGGAGCAACCAAUUAUUUCGACAAGACUGGUAUCAACGACGCACCUGCUGUCUCGUUCGUUUGGGUGUACAUAUUUAAGCUCUCAGUAUACGGGCCACUAGUACUGCCCCUGCUAGCGGUGUAUAUCAUUUUAGCCUGCGAAGCAAUUGGUGAUAUAACCGCAACUUGUGAUGUUUCCAGACUAGAUGUUGAAGGCGGGCUAUUCGAUUCAAGAAUCCAAGGAGGAUUAUUGGCGGAUGGCCUCAACGGCCUUGUUGCUGGCCUUGCUACAAUUACUCCCAUGUCGACAUAUGCCCAGAACAAUGGUGUGAUCGCUCUUACUCGAUGCGCAAACCGGAAGGCCGGCUAUGCAGCCUGUUCUUUCCUUAUAAUCAUGGGUAUUUUCGCAAAGUUCGCAGCUGCUCUGGUCGCAAUCCCGUCGGCAGUUCUCGGCGGCAUGACAACGUUUCUGUUCUGCGCUGUUGCCGUGUCUGGAAUGAGUAUUACGGCGACUAUGCCGUUCAGUCGACGGAAUCGAUUCAUUCUUACUGCAUCUCUUUCAGUGGGAUACGGUGCCACCCUUAUUCCGGAUUGGUUUGAACAUUUCUUCACUUAUUCAGGCGGGGGAGGCCUGCAGGGGUUGAUCGAUGCCGUCAAUCUCAUUAUGGAGACCGGGUUCGCCAUAACCGCCUUCAUCGCAAUCAUCCUCAACCUCUUCUUAGAUGAUGAGAUCGAAGACAGCGGCCUGGAGAUAACCAGUAGUAACGACAUCACUAGAUUCAACGGCGUAGAAUCUCCAGAUUUAUCGGCUGAGAAGUCCGAAAAUGAGACAUCUGCUGAUAUUUCAAAGCAAGUUUAG